AUGUUUAAUUUUAAUAAUUUAAAUAGCUAUGGAACACUUAAUUUUGAUUAAUUUCAUAUUUGGUUGCUUAGAAAUUAAAACGUCAAGGCUUGAUUUUUUUUUUUCUUUUUCAACGUAAACACUAACGAAUAAGAAUUAGUAAGUCUGGGUGGAGACUAAGCUUUAGUGACAGGCUAACCAAAUUGUUAGCCCAAAAAAACUCCCAAGAAGAGAAUUCUUAGAGAGGAUGAGGCAAAAACAGCAUGUUGAUGGAAGAGAUAAUUGAACCAUAACUCCCUACGGUACCUGUAAUUCUUCUUACGACGUUACUGUCUUACAGACAGCAUUCUUUUCUUGAGUUCUUAUGUUGCAAAACUGUUAGUUUUUCAGACUGCAUUGUAAGCCACCAGUCUAUAGGGAGAGAGAGAGAGAUGUAAGAUAAAUACGACUGGAAGGUAGUACUAUGGCUGUAGCUCAGUGGAUCGCAACUGGGGAUGAUCUUGUCCCCUCCCCAGCUCACCCUGGGGACAUCUGGCAAUGCCUGGAGACAUCUUUACGUGUCACAGCUGUGUGGGAGGGGUGCUGCUCUGCGCAUCCAGUUGGCGGCGGCCAAGGAUGCGCCUACAUACCCUACAGUGCACAGAGCAACCCCGACAUUGAAACAUGAUCUGGUUCAAGUGUCAACACUGCUGCUGUUGAGAAACGCUGCAAAGUAUAGCUUUCUUCUUUUCCUUUUUUUCCCUGAUGCUUUAGAAAUUGAAGGGGUAGUUUUAAGUGGCAGACACCCGACUCGAACAAAAGAUUGUGUUGAACUGCUUUUAGUUCAUUGGAGAGCUGAGCCAAUUUGGUGCGUUCAUUGCGUGGAAAAGAAUUCUUGUAGCUAGUGGCCGAGUGGUUGCCAACGGGUCUGGUGUGUCGGGUAUGUUCUUAGGUGUGAAAUGUUUUUCUUAGUAAAGUUAAUUGAAUUGGAGCAUUAUAUAAUCCUGGGUUGUAACAAGUUUGUUCGUAUGAAUCCUCUUCAUUUUUGUGGGUGUGGAAUUAAUUAUCUCCCAGUCAAAACUCCCAGGGUUUCUCUAUAUUUGAAAAAUCCUUUUCACAUUAAUUGUCAUAAAUACCCCAUGACAUGUGUAGGGUAUGCGUUACACCACUGUUUGACAGAUGAGGAAACCGACUUAGAUCAAAUGACUUGUCAUGUGUAUUAUAGCAAGUUAGUGACAAAAGUAAGUCUAGGACUCAGAGGUCUGAUGCUUAGGACACUUUUAAAGUUACUGUCUAUCAUUAUCUCUUUUAAUCUUUCUGACAGUCCUGUGAAAUAAUUCCUAUUUUAUAGACGAGGAAACAGGUUCAGAGAUAUUAAGUAACUUAUUCAAGGUCACCAAACUCAUAAUGUAGUUUUGACUGUUUCCUCUGAGCUAUACUGCCUCUCCAUGGAUUCUUCUCUAGAAAUAAAUUCUACAGUUUCUGUAUGAAUUCACCAAAUCUAUGCCUAACCUAACUAUGUAGGCCUCUUGGCACUGUAGGUGAGGGAAAAUUCUCAUCUACCCUCUCUGGGUCUCUAGCUGGGCCUGAGAAUUAAACUGACAUAAAACAGAUUAACAGGAGAAAAACAUACACAUUUUAUUAAACUUUUACAUAUGCAUGGGAGCCUUCACAAGAGAAUGAAGACCUGAAGAAGUGACCAGAGCAGGAAGCUUUUGCACAUUUUAGACAAACGAUAACUUUGUGAAGAGUUGACAAGACAAAGGGGUGUGGGCCAGGGGCAGUGAGUGGUGAGGAGGUAACAGCAAGACAAGGGUUUUACUGUAAUAAGGUUUGUUUGUACAGAUUUCUCAGCCCCCAGUUCCCCGCCUCUGCUGAUAAGAAUGUCUUCCUCCUGGUACAGAGAGAGUACCUUUCACAUGGGAUUUUUAUCUCUUGCUUUCAGGAAGGACAAAGGAGACUCAGAGUGUCUUUCUUGUACCUGCUAUUUCUUAAGUGCCUUUAAUUCAAAAUAACCAAUAUGCCAAAAUGGCAGAUCUUGCGGUGACAUUCUGGUUUCCUUUAACACCUAGUCAAAUGUUCAUGUUAACUUGAAUCAAUUGGUAAUUCAGUGUUCGUAAUCCUACUCUGACUGGACUCGAGUGGAAACUUCACGGAGCUUUGAUAAACCGUAAGGUAACACCACUUGCCAUUUAGAAUUUAUUUUUUGAGAACGCUAAGUCCACAAGCCGUCCAAAACGUGGCCCUCAGCCGUAUCUGAGUGUACUUGGGUCAGGCAGCCCUCUCGCACGAUUCACUUUGCCAGUCUGAUAGAGGGAUUUAUAUUUGGGAUAGGACUCCCAUUCAUUCUAAUUUUCUAAUUAGAACCUAUAUUACUCUCUUCAGCCAUCUUUUAUGUCAAAUUGAGACAGUUUUUCUUACUUUUUUCCAUGCUGACCUAAACCUCAAGCUGAGUUGACUUUAGCAACAAACAAAAUAACAUAAUGGUUGGGUUUUAUUUGCCUUUCUGAAACAUUUAGAGUUCAUCUUACUCUAAAUGAGUACCUACAUUAUUUUUGUGAGGUGGUAGGAGCUGGUGAUGGUCGCUUUAUUUUCUAGACUGAAAAAUUUAAGAAGAGAUGAUCAGUUUACCCAAGUAAACCAAUCUCAAAGAUAGGAUUUAGAAUUUAGGUUUUCAGAUCUUAAAAAACCAAGCCACACUGUCAUUUCUAUUAGGUCAGAAAGAGUAUCUACUUGAAUAUUUGCUCAGUUACCAUAUUCUUUGAAGACUAUUUGAUGACACUCAAUUCUUGAUACAAGUUUCAGUAAUUGGAAAUUUUAGUGUUUCAUAUGGUACAUCCAUCAGCUGGGUUUGGACCAUUGAUAGUGUGAGGUGUGGGUCUGGGGUUGAGAGGAGAAGGAAAGGGACCCCUUUGUUAGUGCAGCUGUGUAUUGGGCUAGAAGGAUUAUACUUAGGCUUAAAAGGCAAAGACUCUCAACUUUCCAUAAAAUUGAAUUAUUAUAACAAAUAUUUUUCUUAGCUUCAUGAAGAAAAAUGCUAAUAACCAAGUAACCAUAAUAUUUAUCGUAUUAUUGAAGGAAGAGACCACCACUCCAGUGUAGCUAAAUCAAAGCUGAAUUUCAUACUUGCUGAGCAAGGGAGAAUCAUGCCUGCAGAAUAUGGUCCUCACAACAGGCAGAGAUGUGCUUAGGUGGGAUUUUGAGGAAGCAUGGAGUUUCAGGAUUUUUUUUUUUCAAAAGUGAGACAAUUUAAGGAUUGGUUGACUUUAAACUUGGAGUUUAGGGACUGGCCAGCUUUGAGGAGCGAAGGUACUGAAGGGGGGGCAGUUCCUGAUUGGCGUACUUUCUCAACUGCGUACUUAAGUGGAGAUAUUGAGUAGAGUUUAAGGAUUGAUUGAUUGGGGCUUAUUUAAAACCGGUUCUGUGUUUACUUGUUCCCAGCUUGGGACAAGAGCCAAGGAAUAAUCUUUUCCUUUCUUGAAGUUGAAGAACAGGUACUUUAAAUUUUCCAUGUUUAUGUCAAACCUUCGUUAGCAGUGGUGCUAAUAUAACACUUUGAUUUUGCUUUUCUUCUGAAACUUAAAAGAAAAAAAAAAAAGAGUGCAAGAGAAAAAGAAGCCUCCCAGAAGACUUGACUUCACUAGCCCAAUUUACACGAUAUAUCCCAUUUCUAAACCAGUCAGUGGCAAGGGAUAUAGAAGUCCGGUGAUUGGCUUUGGCUACUCAAGAUUCAUGGCCCUCCAGCCUCCUCUCAGAGAAGAACGAACUUAGGAUUCUGGUAUCCAGGACGGAGAGUGGACUGGAUUAAAUUAAAAGGAUUUACCAUACAUCUUAUGACUCUUUACUGGAGCCUUGGGAGAUAGAUAUGUUUUCUAUAAGUGGAGCAUAGUUGGAUUUCAUAGUUGGAUUUUUUAACCUAAUGGGAGGAACCUUUGUCUUUUAACAGAUAAAGAUGAAUGUCAUGUCUCAACCAACACUGAAAAUGUGACGUUUAGAAGACAUUUGCUGAGUCAAGUCACCUCAUGCAAAUUGUUGUUCAAGUCAAAGACAUCAUAAUGCAGAGUGCUUCAUCAGUACCACCAAAAGAUCAAGGAGGUGUUUCCCUGCUUGCCAGUCCUGUUGAGAAACAGCUGACUCAGAAGAAGUCUGCAUCUCCUGGAAAGACAGCGCGCACAGGUGAAUCAAACAGCCCUCCUGGAACGAUUCAGGGUGGGAAGGGUCUGCAGGGUAAGAGUCAGUUUAGAACCAUCGCUCCAAAACUUGCGCCCCGAGUCCUGGCGCCCAGAGUGGUCCCGGGCCCGGCGCCCUCCCUCUCUGACCACGCGCAUCCAGGCCCCUCCCUCGGCUCGAAGGCCCUGGGGAUGCCCCCCCAGAAUUACGCGCUGAUGCAGGUGGCCGGCCAGGAAGGGACCUUCUCUCUCGUCGCUCUGCCACACGUCGCCUCGGCUCAGCCACUCCAGAAACCCAGACUGCCUCUGCCCAAGAACCUGAAGCUGCCCAUCCCCCGGUACCAACGCCCAGGACAUAGCAAAGGAGCCAGAAAGAAACCGGGGUGCAGCUCCUCCGACAGGGGCUGUAGCCAAGCUCCCACCCAAACCCAAGCGGCCCCUCCCCUGCCUGAGCAUCCCGAGGCCCCGCACAAGCCCAGCCCACCCAAGCCGGCGCUGGCACCCGGCCAGGCCCCGGCCUCGCUGACCAGUGGGGGUGGCCAUGGAGACCCUGGGCCCCCAGGGACCAGCGACCACGGAGGUCGGGACCCUCCCACCGCCCCAGCGCUGUCCACACCGGAGGAGCCCUCUGCCGAGCGGGGCCUCCCGAAGAGUUCAGGGAGAGCAGGCGUUGCAGGCAAGAAGCCCUCCAGGAAGCCUGCUGUCGCCAGCGGAGAACUUAGAGAACAGGUCGACCCUGCCAGGUCCGUGACCCAUUUGUCGCCAGGCGUUUUUGGAAACGCGAUUCAGGUGGUCCCUUCCAUCCCCAGAGGUAAACUGCCCAUCCUGCCCUACUCAAGAACGAGGGCGUCGCAAGUUUACAAAGGCGGAGCAGCUGUGAACGUUGCGCAUGUUUCUCUCCCUGGGCUCAGGGCAGCCGGUGAUAAGACCUCGUCCAUCCCGGAGGGCUUCUGUUCGGCCCCCCAGGUGGCCGACAGGGCACCUGCCCCACAGGCGUCGUGGCAGAGCCCCUGCGACAGGGCCUACUGUCCGGCCACCAAAGCCGACCUCAACCACAAAACAAAACCGAACGGCGGGGCAGCCAAGAGAAGAGGAAGAAAACGGAAGGUCCCGGAUGAACUUCUGACAUUUCAGAGUAAAAGGAGGAAAUGUGUCAGUAAUAAGUGUAAAGAUGGCAAAGAAAGAGCCAAAGCCGAGCCCCAGGAAUCCAAGGACCAAAAACCUGGGUCUGUGAAAAAAUACCGCAGCAUCAUGCCCAAACCUGUCCUGGUCCUGCCGGCCCUGGCUGCCCUGGCCUCACCCGCGGCCACGCUACAGCCCCCGGCGCCCGGCAGCCGGGAGCACGCGUCGUUCAAUCACUCCCUCGCCGCCCCCAAGCAUCUGGGCUGCAGGCAGGACGACGGCCCCUCCCCGAAGCCCGGCUCGGCCUUUAGAAAUGGGUUCUCCAGCCUCAAGAAGCCUUCGCACAGAUGCCACGUGUGCGAGCACGCCUUCCAGCCCAAGCAGCACCUCCGCGAGCGCGCCAACACGCACAGCGACAGCCGGCCCUACAGCUGCCGGCUCUGCCGCAAAGCCUACGUGCGGCCGGGCAGCCUGAGCGCACACGUGCGGCUGCAUCACGGCGACUCCCGGCCCAGGAGGCUCGUGUGCUGCGAAUUCUGCGCCAAGGUGUUCGGCCACGUCAGAGUCUACUUCGGCCACCUGAAAGAGGUGCACGGGGUGGCCGUCAGCACCGAGCCCUCCCCCUGCGAGCCGCAGCCGGGGGACUUGCUGAGGACCAGGGAGCAGACUGCCCGAGGGAUGGAGGGACCGGUGGACAGGGAGACCAAGUCCAGCCUGGAAGAAGACCUCCUUCUAAACCAGGCUGAUGAGGUCAAAUUCCAGAUCAGAUGUGGCCGCUGUCAGAUCACUGCCCAGUCUUUUGCUGAAAUCAAGUUCCACCUGCUUUACGUUCAUGGAGAGGAAAUCCAGGGCCACUUGCAAGAGGAGCUCUCACCCUCCCCAGGAAGCAGGGGAGCUCAGGGAGAACUGGUUCAACAGGCUGCUCCUUUCUGGAAACAUCCUGAGAGAAGAAAGCAGCUUAAGCACCGUCCCUUGGACGGGGAGCUCUGUGCAGUCCCCAGACUGAAAAAGCAGCUCUACCUCCGUCAUCAGAAUGAGGUGGAGAUACUUGCGAAACGUGAAGGAGCCCAGCCAGGACCCAGUGAGCCCGGAGGACACCCCCAGGGCCCCGAGGGUCCCGGCCCCGACGCUGCCCUCUCCCCGCCCCGGCCUGGCUUUCGCUGCGUCCUUUGUGCACAGAUGCUGGGAAGGAAGGAAGAGCUGCUUCUGCAUUGGGAAGAGCGCCACAAGUGCGAGGACCCUCUGAAACUCUGGACGGUUCUCAGCACGCUCUCCAGCCAGGGAGUCAUCGAACCUUCCAGCGAGACCGGAAAAUGAGACAGGGAGCCGGGGGGUAAGGGGAGGUUUUCUCUCCGCUUCCUCUGUUCCAUGGUGGUGCUUAAUACCAAAAAUCAAGCAGGUUAGGAUCAGCUUUAAUGAGCACAGUGAGUUUUGUACAGUUUUAUUUUAUUAUGAAAUAUAUACGUAUGGGGCUUCCCUGGUGGCGCAGUGGUUGAGAGUCCGCCUGCCGAUGCAGGGGACGCAGGUUCGUGCCCCGGUCCGGGAGGAUCCCACAUGCCGCGGAGCGGCUGGGCCCGUGAGCCAUGGCCGCUGAGCCUGCGCGUCCGGAGCCUGUGCUCCGCAACGGGAGAGGCCACAGCAGUGAGAGGCCCGCGUACCGCAAAAGAAACAAACAAACAAACAAAUAUAUAUAUAUACACACACACACAUAUAUAUGUACAUAUGCCCUUGAUGCAUAUUUUUCUAACAUAAUGCAGUUUUAUUUUAAAAUUCUAUGUCCUGUUAGUAUCUGAGACUUUUAUUUCAGAUUCAAUAAAAAGAUAAAUUUGCAGAUUGAAAUGUAGAGUAUUAUAGGCUAUUCAAGUACGGUUUUUAGUAAAAACACGUGUUUGAGUUAUUUCCUGUCUGUGUGCGUGUAUGUGUCCUUUUGUUCACAUGUUUUCUGUUUAAGUAGGUCGACAAAUGUGGUAAAUGUCCAGGUGACAAACUCAUUUCUGUCUCAACCCUGGCCUACUGUUGAUCUUUAUCAGAUUCUCUAGUUUGUUUGAAUAUGCCGUAGAGCAGCACCUUAAACAAGGUUCUCAUCUGUCAUAACUGGAAGUCUGUGUUUUCAGGACUUCGAUUUUUUUUAAUUCAUUUUCUUAAGUGCACAUGCGUUGAAGCUUAGAUGCUAUAAGUCUGAUACCUGUAGUGUUCCCGUCAAAGUCAUCAGCCAUUUCUUAGUACUUCAGCUAAUAGAAAAACCACUUUUUUGUUAAAAAGUUAUUUUCAAAAAGUCUUUUGAGUCAGAAAAUUUACAACCUGGAGAGUGAACUGUGUAGUUCAGCCCAGAUGUCAGGUGUCUCAGCGGCCUUUCCUCUUCCCCAGUAACUUCAGAGGGCUGUCACUGGCUGAUCAAUUUUAGAUGCAACUGUGCCUUUCAAGCCCGGGUCCUCUUUGAAAGUCAGGAGUAAAUGAUUACCUGUUAAAUUCUUGGGAAAUUACCUCGAAUCAGAAAUGUUGCCAUUUGAAGUUUCUGGCCAUCCUGGCUGCAAAAUCGUUCUCUCGGAAUGCGGGAGUCUGAACACUUCAAGCCACUGGGAUCCCGGGCUUUGGUUGAAGGCGCCGUGCACGUGGCCAGCCCUGUUCCUGAAGCUGGGCCCGGGCAUCGUCAUAACAUUUUUCUGUGUUAAAGGAAGUUACCUAAACGGAGGAAGACCUAAAUUCUAACUGAUGAGCUAGCGGGUCUUAAAUCAUCUUUCUGAAUGUCUCGUUUUAAAACCAAGUGUUCAUAAGUACAACUUGGUUCAAAUAGCGCAAAAAAAGGAAAACUCAAUCCUUGGCUUUUUUGCAAAUAGUUUUAUAAAUUUGAGAAUAAGAAGGUAGGGAUAGAAAUCUCGGAAAGAUUCUGCUGUGAUUCAUCAAUCGAUCACACUGCACCCAAUCUCAGAGAGAUACUAUCAGACCUCCACUGUGUGAAUAUUUUUAGAACUCGGCUAGUCACGGGACAGCUUUACUAUUCAGCGCAGCAUCUAGUUUGUUUUGGGAAGAGUGGUCUCGGAGACACUAACAAAUGAGAGCUACCACGAAUACUACUUGAGUUCAAACCAUGAAACUUGACUUAAACUCUAAAGUGCUUCUUAGACCCCUCUGUCUUCAGAUGCUAAGCAGUAUUUCUGAAAUCCUGGCCAAGAAGCUCGGGCAGAGGAGCGGGUCCGCUUGGAGACAAAGGUGUGGGGGGCAGAGUGCAUCCACCCCGCACGUAGAGGAGAGUCCGAAGUCCCCAAGGUUGCGAGGACUCUCCCCUGUGGCCCAUGUUUAAUCCCAUAUUCUUGCAGUGAGAACAAGACAGCGAGGGCUCAGGUAGCCUCUGGAAAGAAAUAGAGUGUUAGGAUGGGCCAAGAGCAAAGCUGGGGAGAUGCAGUUGGCUCUUCACGAAGCGCUCUGCCUGGGUCCCCUUCUCAGGACGCUCCCUGCGUUUCUCCAGGAGCAGCCCAGUGCCACCUAGGUCAGGGAGUUUCUGGUCCUUAACGACGACGCUUCUUCAGUGGGAAUGCUGCGAAAAGGGACUCCGACUGGGGAGGUAGGAUAAAAGGGAAUCGUUCAGCUAAAGAACUUCGGGAACAGCUCAAGUUGAUUCCCCGGGGGGUCUUGCUUGCCAAUCCUUCCGUGGGCGCAGACGUCCCAGCCUACGUAGGUGACCCACAGGCAGUGACGUGUACAAGGAGGUGCUGUGAGGCUUACUGCCCGUGAGUUACCUUUCGAGGCCCCAUUCUCCCACCGGUAAGAUGGGAGCCGUGACACCCCCCCCACCAAAGCAUCUGUUGUGAAUGGUCGAUGCCACACAAAUAGAGCGUGGGGCACACUUGGGCCACGGAGUAACUGGGGGCUGUUAUUUAUUAUACCUUUGGGCAGACUUGCAAGAAGAGGUAUGUGGUGCCGUAGAAGGGUAACUUAAAACAGCUCAGGUCGGCCUCACGUCCAGGAUUCAAGGAUAAAACCUCUACGGAGAACCACAGACAUUUGCAUCUUUGCAUAAAAAGUGUAUUUUAAUUUUUAAAUAAACUGGGAUUGGGAUCACAUGGAGGUUUGACGUCUAUUUAGUCAAUACAGGAGGUAAACUUCACUAGAUGAUCUCUGUUCUCAGU